CCAUCUUCGCAUUGUGCGCUCGCCGUCGCGGACGCCGUCAGGUUGACGGCACUGGUGCGAUUGAUCGCGCGCAUACGUCGUACGUCGCUUGUGCUCCGUAUACGCGCGUGCGUGCUCACGCACGCGCACACACGUACACGCGUGUUUUUAUCCGAAAUACGUGUGUAUCACGUUGGUGGGUCUGUCUCCCACGAACGGACGGACGGGAGUCCCUGGUCACCCUACGCGAAUGUAAACAGAGAGUCCUCCGUCACGCCGGAUAUCAUGUGCGACACGGAUGAGAUCGGCGGCGCGGCCGCGGAGCCGUCCGCUUUGAGCUGAGCGAAGUGAAGUUGUAGGUUGUAAGCACGCGCGUGUUGGUGUGCGCGUUCCUCGACCCGGGUCGGCCGCUGUACAGAGUGGUGUGCGUGCGGGAUUACCGUGAAGUGGGAACGGCAGGCCGACCGUCGGCGACCGUCGCUCCGGGCUCGCCCCGUUGCGUGUACACGGCGUCUCUCUCUCUCCUUCCCGUCUUCCUUCUCCCGAGUCUCUCUCUCUCUCUCUUGCUCGCUCGCUUCGUCGCACCGUUUCUCUCCCUCCCGCACGCCUGGUCGCCUAGGAUAUUCCCGAUACCUGAGACGGGUUCGCGUGUGCGCGAACCACGUACGGUUCUACGUUGGCUCCGUUGCAAUGAGAGACCUCGACAGGAAACUCGCGGACGGAGCUGUACUCAGGUGACGGAAAUGCAAAAAUGCCUUCAAUCGAUACCCGAUCGAUAAGAGUGCCUGGAGAAAUGGAUCGGUGUCCAUCUCACAGACGAGACGCUACGACGAGACAUGCUGUAUGCCGACCUAUGCUGGAUGUGUCCAACACAUUGAAGUCGUCCCCCGUCGCUUGUCACAGUUUUGCAACAUGCUGCGACGUAUUUAAUGCCUCUAAUGACGUCCUGUUCAAAAAGAAUCACGUCACAACGUUAGAAAACGAGCCCAAUAGUGCGGCUCACCUGUCACAGGACACUUCAUUAUUUUACAAUGCUCGUUCAACUGAUCUGUACUUGGCGCAAAAAAAAUUUACUUGUCACACUGCCACUUGUAAUCAUGGACGUGAUACAAGUGUAAUGAAUCACCGAAAUCGUCAUAGUUCUACGCGAAAGAAGGACGCGAUGAGAUAUUCUCAUACAGCGGAUCCACUCUCGAUAACGAGAUACAUUCUCGUAUUCAUCAAUCAAAUGUUAGGAUUAAUAACCACCGAUUGGAUAACGAAUUCUUCAUGGAGGAGAUGGCGAACUUAUUUUCCUUUCUUAAUUUGCCUACUUUGUGUGACGCAGUGUUCAGCUCGCACUUGCUCAGUUGGAUUAAGCACACCGGGAUGGACUUGGCCACAAGGUGAUAUUGUUAUUCAACAUGGUAAACCACUCCAAAUGUUCUGUCUGUUGAAUCAGACGAUCAUGGAACUUGACUAUCCUAAUAAAGAUGCGGGAGAUCUUCGAUUCUUUCGUAAUGAUCAAGAACUGGAGUCGGAAUUCGUCACGGUAAUUAAUGAAACUACGAUAGAGCUGUCCAUCAAAACGCCACCGCCCUCCGACGACAUGUACAAUUGCAAGUUGCGAAUGAAAGACAACGACUAUGUAGCAGUUUGUCUCAAUAAAGUUGUAGUUGGAUAUCCACCUCAAAAACCCAAACAUUUUGACUGUGUCUCCUAUAAUUGGGAAAGCUUUAAUUGUACGUGGGAGCCAGAACACAAUUUCGUCAGUACAAAGUACGAUUUAAUGUUUCAAUUACCUGGAAGAUUAGGCGCAAUGUAUUACUGUCCGCUUGCCACGAUGGCAGAGAAUUCAUGCACGUGGGAUAUAUAUUCCGAUCCAAUAUAUAGGCAACCAUAUGCAUUUUAUAUUUUCAUACUGAAAAUAUCUAAUCCUUUUGGGGAACUCAAUUUUACAUAUCGUGUUCAACAUUAUCCUAAUGUUAUUCCGGCUAAACCUCACAACCUGACCUUAAUAAACAAAACAUCGGAAAGUGCACUGUUGCAUUGGGAACUUCCCUUCCCGAUGGCAACAUUUCCAGUUGGUGUUCAUCACAAAAUUAUGUAUCAACAUCAAUGGGAUCAUGAGAAAGAUUGGAAGGUUAUCAAUAUUACGCAUCCUAAGAAUAGAGAGCAAUGGCUUUACAAUCUUACCGGAUUAGAAUACGCUAAUACAGUAUAUGAUGUUCGCAUUUAUUUAAAAAGUUCGACAGCUGUAAGACCGGAUCGAUGGAGUGAAUUUAGUGUUGUUACAUUCAGGACGUCACCAAAAUUGCCUAGUGCUGCACCGCGAACUGACAUCGGUAGUUUCGAAAUUACUGAAAAUAAUGGAAACAGGGACGUAUACUUGUACUGGCAAGCGAUACCGCAAAACCAAGAAAACGGCAAUAAUUUUAAGUAUCAAAUCAUUCACGUGGAGGAAAAUGGCCAAAAAGUUGCGCUUACACCAAGUGAAACGACUAGGACAUAUGCCAAAUUGAAGGGAAUCGCUCUCAACAGUUACCUAUUCGAGAUCAUCUCAACGAACGAGGUCGGAGCUAACAACAGCCGUGCGAGAAUAUACGUACCAAAUCAGAAAGAAAUUCCACAUGAACCAAUAGCGUUCACGAAAAUCGCUUUCGAAAAUGGAUUGUAUGAAUUGUCUUGGAAGCCACCGUUCGAAGAUCAUAACAUCAAGAAUUACACGAUCUUUUGGUGCGACAACGAGCGUGAUCGUCCUUAUCAGUGUACCGGUUACUUGGACUGGGUGCAUGUUCCUAAAAAUACUAUGAUCUACAACAUAACUGUACCGAAUCCGUCCAAGGUAUAUCAAUUUGCAAUCUCCGUCAAUACUGAGAGAGGUAGCAGCGGCAUGAUAUGGUCGUCAUGCACGGUAAUUCAUAAUAAGGUACUCGGAAAAAUGAAGUCUGUUUGGAUUAAUCGCAUUGGAUCGCACUUUAUCGAAGUUGGUUGGAAGCUUGAUUGCUCGGAUCGCAUCGGGAUAAUUGAAGGAUUCAACAUUUACUACUGUCCCAUAGUAUCACCAAUGAAUGUCAACUGUAACGGUCCUAUGUUUAAUAGUACCAUCAAGGCGGACGCACAUACGAUACAUGGUGUUGUCGAUAAUCUGAAGCCCUACACUACGUACAUGCUGAGUGUCGCGGUGUUAACGAAGAGCGGUGAGGGUCUGCGUAGCGAUCCCCUGUAUAAUACCACGCUGGAAGCUGCGCCCAGCACACCACCGUUAAAUGUUAGAAUCACUGACUUGUCUAACACGACGAUGUUUGUCGCAUGGAAAAAGCCGUCGGCAAUGAACGGUGUGCUCAGAUAUUAUGAAGUCUACUACAAUGAUCAAGUCAUUAGAGUGGAUGAUAAAGAUCACAUUAAACUGACGAGUUUGAAGCCGUAUACGAGAUAUUUUAUUAGAGUCUCCGCUUGUACCGUCCAGUGCAGUGAAAAGUCAUCGAUGAUAGAUGAGUCUACAAAGAUCGGCGUGCCUGGCAAAAUCAAUAUUCCUUUAGUACGCUUUGUAAACUCCAGCCAAGUAAUCAUUCAGUGGGAGCCACCGCAAGAACCAGCCGGUCCAUUAGUGCACAUGUAUUACGAAAUAGAAUACGGAAAUGGCAUGAUCCAGAAUGUCACGAGAACAGAAGUGCAAUUGCCCAUUCCCGACUGCAAGAACGUCGAGCAUCGAGAGCAGAAGCACAGGUUCCGGGUUAGGGCUGUUAACACCAAUCUUAACGGCGAUCUUUUGAAAGGAUGCUGGUCCGAUUUUGGAGAGGGAAAUUGUUAUAAUAAUGGUUUAUCAUCCGUCGCACUGGUUGUUAUAUGGAUAGUUGGCGUCGUUAGCUUCGUAGCAUGCAUCGUGUGCUUCGUGUACAUGUUUAAGAGAAUGUGGAUAAAAUGUCGAGCUAUGCGAGAUGUCGAAGUAAAAUUACCGCCUGGACUUGCUCCACCAGAUGCUCCAGAUACGCAACCACUUAAGAAGAGCGAACCACACAUACGGCAACCGUCCGCCGAUUCGAGCGGUUGUUCGAGCGGCCAAGAGUCCGUUACAUCAUCACUUACGGCGGAAUCCCAGGUUUGUAGCGAUAGUGGCACUGAGGUGGAUGCAAUGCAUACGCCGCCCGACAAACUGAAAAGUCAACCUGUCCGCGAAUUGACACAUCUGCGACAAAGAAGUACUACACGUGUUCCGGCCUCAUUAUUAUCAGACGUCACGCCCUGCUGGGAAUCAUAUGUCAAAGUUGGCAAUUCCGGUGAGCCGACUUCUGAAGAGACUAUAUCGUUAGCGCGGUCCACGCCUAAUUUAACAGAUAACACGAUGUCAAAGAGUUACUCGCCAUCGCAACACGCCUGGUCUAGCGCAAACUACAUUAGCAUGCCGUCCUCUUCAGAGAUGUUAUUGAGCAAUCCGAGUCUUAUACCACGGAAGAACACCAAUAGCGACGAUGACGACAGUAGCAAAGACAGUGACGACAACAAUGACGGUAAUCAUGGCAGCGAUAGCAACAAUGAUAGCGGCGACGACAGUGGUGAUGCUUUGAUAUCGAUCAAAUUUGAAGAUGAAUUUGAAAAGGAGAAGCAGAAGCAAACUAUCGACGAACUGGACAAAAUGCGGUCGAUCAUCGAGUUGAACAAGAAGCUUUUGGCAUCUCAUAUUAAUCCCGAGAAGACGACGAUGGCGACGCCAUACGUUCAAGCAGGUCUAAUAGACGAAAUACCAGAAUCGCCUUCUAGUAUACCUAAACAUAUACAAGCCAGGAACAGUAAUUUGAUGUGUGGCACCUUCAAAGUCAAAGAUAAUCAGAAUUUGUGCAAGAAAGAGUAUAUGUCAUUUCCGCCUACCUUUCCCGCCAAUACCGGCUUGACUUUAGCGAGUCCAAAAUAUAUCUUUGCAUCGAUAAUUCCUGAGGGGAUGCCGGUUAUAGAAGCGGAUCAAGAAUCUUUACAGCAAAAAACGUUCCACGACCCGCACAGUUCUACAACGAGCGGAACUUCGUACAAUCUUAUGACCUCCGCGCACGAAAUACAGCCGCAGGAGCAACAAGAGAAAGUGGCGGAGUCACUCGCGAACGUGACGGAGGACGUCGAUGAAGGUAACAAUAAAGACAACAUUGUGUAUCCCACUCCGUCCUGGCAGACGACAGAGGGAAAAGACUUGAACUCUAGUUAUAUCACUAUCGCGAAUUUGUCACCUCCCUCAGCAGGACCGUCGUAUGUGCGACUCGAGAAGAUGCCACCGUCACUGCCGCAGGCAGCGACAAGUCAGUCGGACGAGCAGUACGCAGAGGUGACGGUUGUGCCAAGUACAGUUCAGUGAGGUGAGGAGAGAGAUGCACCAUCAUCUCGUUUUUCUCCUCUUUUUCGCGAUGGUGUUCAUUGCCACCUUCGUAGACGGACAAAGUAAGUGCUACACUGUAAGAUUGUGGUAUAUACAGCGGUGCAUGCAAGAAACUGAGAUGUUAUACGUUGAAUGUAAUUGCGACAUUCACACGUGAAUCGACUGAACUGGGCAGCGAUCUUUUACAACCUGGGGAAAGGGGGGAAUAAAGUUCGCUUAUUAAAAUACAAAGAGAUUUAAGAGACUUUUCUCAUGAAAAGGAAUAUUUCAUACUUGCUUCGAAAAUAAGACUGGGUUUGAGCAAAAAGGAAGAUCAUUGGCUUGAGGUAAAAUAAAUCGUUGGAGAGAGAGAAAUUCACUUCUUAUUAAAAGAGCUCUUCAGUGAGUUCUUACGUUUAAAGACGCUUCCUUAAAUGACUAUUACUGAGAAAAAGUUUUAUGCAUAUAGCAUCUGUACAAAAAAUAAUAGAAUAUACAGGAAGCGACUCGCAGAGUCUUUAAGGAAAUUUCUUAAGGAGACAUCUUUUAUUUCUCCGCCCAAGCUGAUGUCUUCUUGUUUGAUUAUGCUAUAUCUGAUGCGAUAUGCAUAUGUAUGCGGCAUGAUACGUUCGAGCGACGAGAAUAUCAGAUUGACGUUCUCGUUCACCAAAGUAUGUACCAGUACUGCGUUACUUUUUUUAUAUUAUAUGCGUAAUUUCGACGCGAUUAGUUAAAAUAAGUUAAAAUAAGUAAAUAGAUUAUACAAAUAUGUUACAUAUAUGUAUAACGGGCAUAUAUAUGUAUACAUAUAUAUGGUCAGAUUGACGGACAGCCUAUUGCUGUCGAAAAAUAAUUAAAUUAAGUCCACUUCAGACGAUCUAUGAUACAGAAUCAGGCGCAAUGUACGAAGGGAAUAGGGCUUCUCCCCUCCGAGGAAUCUGAUACUUUAGGAAAUUCGCACUUCCAUUUUGCGCGUUUGUUUAACAAAUUAAUGAUGUUUUCGAAUGAUUUAUGAUCGCGCGCGAUACGUUUUGUUACAAUCGUUACAAAGUUCCAAGAAAAGUACGUUAUUCUUCCUUUUUUUGCGGAAAAGCAAAUCUAUAUGUACAGCAGGUAAGAAAGAGUGGUAAAUGAAAUUUUUGUACAAAGUGAUUAUUUCUUGGAAUUUUCAAUCGUAUCUCUCAAUAGAUAUAAUUGGAUGUAAUAACGAAAUGAGAGAGAGAGAUUUAACCGAAUUAUGACUAUUGUGAGUCUAAUCGAAAUUUUUUUUUAAAUUUAAUAUAUAAUCUCAUUUUUUCCCAAAAGAUGUAGAGCAUAAGUAGAAUUUACACAGAUAAAUUGUUUCAAAAUAUACACCUUAUACAAUUUCCUCUUCUACGCUCCUGUAUCCGUCAAAAUUAAAUAUAGCGUUAUAUUUAUAAUGUUAUAUAAUGUAAUAUGAAAAUAUUGGAGAAUCACAAUGUACAUACUAAGAAAAAGAUAAAAAAAAACAUGAACAUACCUAGAUACAAUGAAAUAUACGGCAAAAUAUUAUAUAUGGAACGCGCCAGAUUUUUACUCUACAUUAUAGAUCGUCUAUAGCUGGUUUUAGUUAGGCAUUUUUUCACAGCACAAUUUUUCGCUAAAUUCUCGUUUAAUUGUGAGAAAAAUUUUUUUGCCAUUUUUGCAGGGGUAAGCAAACUUUUUUAGAGCUACAUUUUCUAGAUUAUUUCUUUAUUAAUGACACAGAGAUAUCCUAAUUUAAUCCUUAGUUAAUCGCUUGAUUCAACUGAUGUAACACAGACUAUGAAUUCACAUUUUUUUAUUAUAUUACUGAAUUAGAAAUUAAUUAAAUUAGAGAGGUUUUAAAUGACGCUACUCUGGUGUAACACCAAGUAAUAGAAAAGAAAAAAAAAAGAAAAAAAAUAUCAUAAACGUACAAUUUUUAAUUCACGCAGCACACGAUUAAUUAAGGAUUAACGUCGUCUCAGAAUGAAAAUUCUCGAACGCGCUAUUGCGAUUAUAUCGUGUGGAAAGCAAGUGCAUACAGAUAUUCUUCCGAACGAUUUUCUCGACGAUUUCAUCAACGAAAAUUUCGCGAUCGCAAACAUUUCUAUUCAUCUAUGCGCGAAGAUUGCUCAAAGAGAGAUGAAAGUGACGUACUUGACGAAAUUGCUGCGUACAGUUAGAGACAACGAGAAGACGCAAGUUGCGUAGAUUUUCUAUUUUUCUAAUUGUGACUGUUUUGCGAAUCCGUCGAAACUUCUUUUUAGCUGCACUUGCACACUUGCGAAAGUUGAGCCGUGCAAUUUGUUAUUCGUUCACGUAGUUUAUUUGAUAUUUCAUUAUCACACAUAUCGAUCGCGAAUAAAAUUGUACGUAGCAAGGUAACGGGCUCUUUUAUAAUAGCAUUACAGUACAAUAUAUAGUAACCGCACACGAGGACAGGGUCAGGGAUAAUAAAGUAAGAUGAGAUAAAAAAAACACAUGGUGAGCGCACCAUGGGUGUCACCAAGUAGCUGGCGAGAAAAAAAAACAGUUCUGAAGUCUCGAACUAGGAUGGAAAAUUGACUGUGUCAUUAACGUAUCAUGAGGCCUGUUAAUAUCGUUAUGUAAGAUAGUCAACGUUGUAUUUCAUAUCUCCGGUUUUAAAACAAAGUAAUCGGAGAAAAGGCGCUUUUUUUCGCACUUCGUCACGUUUUCCAAUGAUGAGAUCUUGCUCGACUACGAGAAAUCCGUGUAGAGGUGCCUAUGCGUCACAAUUAUCCCGGAUCGUGCGCUUUAAUUACGUGUAGGUCAGAAGACAAUUAAAGUACCUCGCGCAGUAUAGAGUUAAUUGUGAGUAAUGCGCAAGUGACAAUUGGCCUCGCAGAACACUCUCACGCUAUCACAGCAGCAAGAAUAUAUGUAUGCAUAAUAUGCACGUAUUUUAAACUAGUCAGAUACACCGCCUUCUUCCUA